AUGUUGCCGCCCGCGCUCCUCCUCCUCCUUUCGACUUUGCUCUCGCGGGCUGUCGCAUUACCAGCCGAGUAUGGCUCGGGCCAGGUUGUGAUCGAGGGUCCUCGGAUACAGAGAGAGUACGAGAACGGAGAGCUACCUCCGGUGGAGAACACGCCGGGAUGGGUGGACCCGAGGCUGAGCGGCGGCAGGUUGCUCGAUUUUACGACGAAACACUUAGGCGAACCGCUGAAUGUCGUCAUCUCUGCCCUCUCCGACCCCUUCAUACUCACUGAGACUGGCUUGCACACGUACGCGAAGUCCAUCGGCUUCUCGAAGGAGUGUCUCGGUCUGCACUACGGUCACAUCCACGACGCCGACCUGGGCGACGGGCUCGGCCGCAAGCCAGAGCAGAUUCUCUUUCGCCAGAACUACUUCCCAGUCAUCGGGACAUGCUGGGAGAGCGUGCGGGGCGGGCAUCAUUUCCGGGCGUGGAAGCAGAACGGAACUAUCGCGAAUAGCGGGGCGUGGUUCCUUGGGUUCGUCCUUUCGUCUUCUGCUUUCGAACCCGACCUCACGUCCCGGCGCAGGGCAUCGCUGGAGAAGGACUCCUCCAAUAAUCACCUCAUCGAGGAUGAUGGUUACAACCUUGGGCGAAACCAUAUCGUUGAACAAGCGACCGCUGGCAGUCACUGGCAAGGUAUGUGGUGGAGUGCCGACGUAGAGUGGAGGCGAGGCCUCCUCGAGAAGGGUAGCCGAGGCGUCAAUCACGACAUCGAACAAGACGGCCUUGUCGCCAUCCUCACCGUUGUACGGCUCUGA